AUGAAUACGCAAUUAGACUCCAAUGUCAACAGUAUCGAAUCAAAAGAAAGAGAUGGAAAUCAGCAAACAUCGAUAGUGGACACCACGAAUCCAUCAAACAACCGAUACCUGGUCAGACUAGGCGCACUCGCCCUCAUUGUCGCAGCAACUUUGCCAUUUAUACAACAACCAGUUCCGACUGAGAGCAACGCCGCCCCUAGCAUCGGUGUCGACAGUCGAGCUGUUCCCAUUGAGCGGAAGAUGGUUCUCGAGACUCGAGCAGACAGUCCAACUGAUGUGUGUACACGGUGGUCGCACCAAUCUGCUGUGAUCAAUGGAACACUUUUCGUCUAUGGCGGACAAGCCACGACCGAACCCGGGCAAACUCAGAACAAGUGGAAUAACGACUUUUUAUCGAUGGAUCUCACCAAGAGCUGGCAGAUCUCUAACCCUUCGUUGACUGGUCUACCACAACCAUCCGGCNCCCCAAAUGUAUCAAACGGCUUCUUGUGGAACUCUCACGAGUCUGUGUAUCUAUAUGGCGGAGAGUUCUCAGAUAAACCGCUCGACACACCGACAGCCUUUUCGCUAUGGGAAUACAAUGCCGUGUCUUCUCAGUGGAUCGAACAUAAGAAUCCAACAACCUCAUCCGGCGAUAAUGCUCAGUCUGGCAAUCAACCAGUACAACGUGCUGCUGAAGGUGCUGGCGCCUCGGUAGCAGGUUUGGGGCGUGGUUUUUACUUUGGUGGGCAUGAAGAUACUCAUACAACCGAAGGAUGGUCGAACCAAGUCGCACGAAUUUACAUCAAAUCAUUAACCGAGUUCACUUUCCCCGGAUACGAGAACAACCAAGUAACCUCCCUAUCGGACAACAAAGCUGCAGGCAGCGAUGGCGCAUGGCGUAAUGUCACCGAUGGAGGUGCUCAAGACAGUGCAGGAUUUCCGGAACGCGCAGAUGGACUGCUUGUGUACAUACCCGGAUUUGGCGAUCAAGGCAUCCUCCUUGGUCUAGCUGGAGGAACGGCCGACACAUUCACACAAAUGAACGUCAUUGACGUCUAUGAUAUCGCUACCUCGACUUGGUAUAAACAAGCAACGAGUGGGCCAACGCCAAAUAUCCGAGUAAACCCAUGUGCUGCGGUGGCAGCUGCAUCCGACGGCAGCUCUUACCAAGUUCACAUGUUUGGUGGACAGAAUCUCAUCCCCGCAGGCAACCAGACUCAGUAUGAUGAUCUCUGGAUUCUGACAGUUCCUUCUUUCACCUGGAUUCAAGUCGACCAGAAUUCACAAGCAGUACCACCCGGCAGGGCCGGUCACUCAUGUCAAAUGUGGGACAGCCAGAUGGUGGUAGUUGGUGGCUAUGUUGGUGACCAACUCAGCUGCGACAGUCCUGGUAUCUACGUGCUCAACACAAGCAGCUUGCAAUGGGCAACUGGGUUUACUGCACUGAGUGGAGGCUCUGACUUGGAUUCUUCAGCGUCCUCUGGUACUUCUGGAGGUUCCUCUGACACAGGCGCAGCAUCCGCAUCGGGCGCAUCUGCAAAUGGGGAUACAGCCUCACCCACUGGAUCAAGCUCCAACAACUGGGUUUCGAAUGCUCGUACCAAUCCGUUCAACCAACAGCCGGCUCAACUAGCCAAUGGCAGCAGUCCGGGUGGUCUUGAAGGUUCCUACGGAUAUCAAGUCCCCGACAUUGUCGUUUCGGUCAUUGGUGGCAAUGCUCAAGGAGGUGCGACGGUCACAGCGCCUGCUCAAACCCCUCAAGGAGGACCUCUGAAGACCGGUGGUCCGAUCAUCUAUAGCACUGUGACUUCCNAGCUCAACUGCAACAGCCACAGGAAACUUUGGAGGAAACCCGGAUUCCGGAUCAAAAAAGGCAGCAGCGGCCCCAAUAUCGGAGCUAUCGUUGCUGGAGUCAUCGCAGGUAUCCUCUUCGUCAUUGUCUGCUACCUCGCCUUCUGUGCCUGGCUCUACCGCAAACGCCUCCAACUCUACAAACGUCAUGUCGAAAUGGCACAACAGCAAGCACUUAAUGAGAAGAACCACCCAAAUAUUCCAGGUCUCAUUCCUACAGGAGCAGGCUCCUCAAGUGGCGGUUCGAACGAUCGUCGUCCUUGGACGUCGAGCGAGAACAACAGUGGCAAAGGGAGCUCGAUCCGUAACAACAACAAUGACUGGGGCUACACUGAGGCUUACAGGACAAACACCGCUGGUCAAGAGAGUGUAGACGGUUUCUUGAUGAGAAGGAGCAGUGAUGAUAGUGGUGCGCCUGAGGAUCUACUCGCUGGCAACACGCCAUCAUUCUGGGGUACUGUUCUGGCACCAAGACGCAGUCUGCGUGUCGUCAAUCGGGAUUAG